AUGGCGCCUUCCAUCGUCAAAGAAGAGCCGAUUGCUCUCAUGAGCAAAAAAGACCGGUCCCAGCAAGGGAAAAAGUCAGCAGGGGUCAUUGAACAAAGUCCGGAUACAAAACCGCACCGUGACCGGCCAGAACAGCUGGCGUUUCGGGUUUUUGCCGAUCGCGAUUUCGAUGAGGGUGUGGCAGGUCACAUAUCAGAGAAAAAUCCAAUUUUUGGCGGAUCAUUUUUGAUGGAAACAGGGCUAAACCCACUCUCCCAGCACUUCUCCCAAAUCUCCGUCUCAGACUUGAUCCUAAUCAAUGAAAACGGCGACGUCGUCAUCGGCACGGAGCCCGUAAAUUCAACUGCCUUUGCCAUCCACUCCGAAAUUCACAAGGCUCGCCCCAACCGGGCGCUUGGGGAUGGCAAGGCAGUGAUUUUGCAGAAUCACGGGCUGUUGACGGUGGAGGAGAGUAGUGUCGAUGAGGCGGCAUUUUGGUUCAUUAACCUGGAUAAGACGUGUCAUGCACAGCUGUUGGCUGAUGCAGCAUCAGCUGGAACCGGUCAUAAGAAGAUUAUGAUCGAUGAGGAAGAAGCAGAGGGUAAAGAGAAAGCAUUUAAGCAGCACAUGGCUAGAGUUUGGCGAGGGGCCAUUGUGUGGCAUAUUGGGAUAACGGAGGAUGGUCGGAUAUGGAUAGAUGGUUCAGAGUUUCGACGACGCGAAAUUGUGCCGAAGACGCUCGACAUCCUGCUGUGGGUUAUAAAUCCAGUCAAACAGAAAGAGAGUAAUAAGUCGACAGAGGAAUCAAAAAUAUAA